AUGCAAAAGAAAAAAAUCAGAUUUGAUCGAAAACGACCAGCAGCUACACCAUCAACUGUAUUGAAAGUAAUCCAACAAAUUGAUGUAGAAGAUCCUCUUACUCAACGUUCAACUGCUCAAUCUUGUCACAUCAGUCAUUCUACUGUCUCAAGAAGCAUCAAAUCUACCAAUUUUGUUCUCAGGAAGAAACGCAAAGCUCAAAAAUUAUCAUCAUUAAAUAUCGAGAAACGUUAUCAACGUGCUUAUCGACUUUAUCGACGUUCAGCCAUUUAUCGAUAUGAAAAUUUUGUCACAAACGGAACAGAAGGGAAAGCAAAAGUUUGUUAUGUAAAAAAGACCGAUCCAGAUUAUGAAGGAAUGAUAAUUCAACAAGAUUCUUCUCGUCCAAAAGCUUUCAUGGUACGGGCCGGUAUCUCAUCUCAUGGUAAAACAUCUAUUCAUUUUGUUGAUUCUGGUACAAAAAUCAAUUCGGAUUAUUAUAUAAACCACAUUUUGAGACCAUUUUUAUUUCCUGAUCGCCCUCGAUUAUUUCCAGACACCGACAAAAAGAAAAUGGUCUUUCACCAUCAUAAUGCUCCAAGUCAUACCUAA